CCAACUUUGAAAUGAUUCCGAUCAAUUUAUGCCACCCCGCCGUAACGGUACCGGCGAUUCCGUCGACAUCUUCCGUCUCCGUUUCCUCCUAUCUCCGAUUGAUAGACACGCAAUGCACCACGAUGAGAGAACUCAAGCAGAUCCACGCCAACCUCAUCAAAACCGGUUUAAUCUCCGACACCAUCGCCGCGAGCCGCGUCCUCGCCUUCUCCUGCGCCGCCACGUCAUCAGACAUCAACCACGCUUACUUUCUCUUCACAAGGAUCAACCCCAAGAACCAAUUCGUGUGGAACACUAUGAUCCGCGCCUUCUCCAAGAGCUCGUUUCCCGAGAAGGCGAUUUCGCUUCUCGUCGAAAUGUUGUCGUGUUCUGAUUCCGUGAAGCCGGAGAGAUUGACUUACCCUUCGGUGUUCAAGGCCUACGCGAAUCUCGGGAAGGCACGUGACGGGAGGGUGCUACACGGGAGGGUUAUCAAAGAAGGGCUUAAAGACGACGCCUUUAUACGGAACACGGUGUUGCAUAUGUACGCGACGUGCGGGUGUUUCGACGAAGCUUGGAGGGUUUUCGAGGGGAUGGUGGAGUUCGAUGUUGUUGCUUGGAACUCGAUGAUCAUGGGUUUAGCUAGAUUCGGGUUGGUUGAAGAUGCGCGGAAGCUGUUCGAUGAAAUGUCGCAGAGGAGUGAGGUUACUUGGAACACGAUGAUUAGUGGGUUUGUGAGGAACGGUAGGUUUAAGGAUGCGUUGGAGGUGUUUGGAGUGAUGCAGGAGAGAAGUGUGAGGCCUGAUGGGUUUACGAUGGUGAGUCUGUUGAAUGCUUGUGGCUGCCUUGGGGGAAGUGAGCAAGGGAGAUGGGUACAUGAGUAUAUAGUGAAGAAUGGGUUUGGGUUGAAUGGUGUAGUUGUGACUGCGCUUAUAGAUAUGUACUGUAAGUCCGGGUGUGUUGAGGAAGGUUUAAAGGUGUUUGAGGAGGCUCAUGAGAAGCAGUUAUCGUGUUGGAACUCGAUGAUUCUUGGUUUAGCUAAUAAUGGGCACGUGGAAAGAGCUAUUGAUUUGUUCUUGGAGUUAGAGCGUUCUGGCUUGGAGCCAGAUUCUGUCAGUUUCAUUGGUGUUUUAACAGCUUGUGCUCACUCCGGGAAAGUACAUAAAGCUAUCGAGUUUUUCAUAUUAAUGAGAGAGAAGUACUUUAUUGAGCCGUCGAUAAAACACUACACUUGCAUGGUUAACGUGCUGGGUGGAGCGGGGCUUCUAGAGGAAGCAGAAGCGAUGAUAAAGAACAUGCCGGUGGAAGAAGACGCUAUUAUAUGGACUUCUUUGCUUUCUGCUUGCAGGAAAAACGGUAACGUUGAGAUGGCUGAGCGAGCAGCGAAAUGUUUGAAGAAGCUUGAUCCAGAUGAAACUUGUGGUUAUGUGCUCAUGUCUAAUGCUUAUGCUUCGUAUGGGCUGUUUGAAGAGGCGGUUGAACAGAGGGUUUUGAUGAAGGAAAGACACAUGGAGAAGGAAAUAGGGUGCAGUUCGAUUGAAGUAGAUUUCGAAGUUCAUGAGUUUGUUUCUUCCGGGAAAAGACAUCCUAAAUCUUCAGAGAUUUACAGCUUACUAGGUGUUUUGAACUGGGAUGCCUCUGUAUUAAGCUCAGAAGUUGGCUACUACUCAAUUUGCUGAAACAACUUUAUCAUUAAAAGAUACUUAGGUACAAACUACAGAGGAAGAUUACUUUUCAGUUCUUUCACCAAACUUAUGGUUUGAUCUUUGAUUCCAAGGUAAAUUAACUAUAUGGUACGUUGAUAUGAUGAACCAUGGAGAUAAGAUAGGUUAUGGAUUAAGGCUUGGACAUGGCACGCUGCGCAGCCCCCCAAGAGUAGAUAUCAGAACCCGAGUUUCCAUUAGUGAGUAGGUUCUGAGGCAAUCCAUGAAUGUCAUCUAAGGGACGGGAUCUUCCAUUCUGGUAGUAUUGCUGGUUGUGCAUAGAAGCAGCUUCAUCAUCAUCCAGAGGAAGACGAU